GCACUUCGUGGCGCUUGGUUGAGGAGAUAAGCUGCUGGCAGCGUGAUUAAAGCAUCAGUAGCAGCACAACAGGAGGAACAGCAUGGCUUUAAAUCUUAUAAUCAAUUCCAGCAACCCACCGUUAGGGGCACUAUUGGCAGCAGAGCAUGUGAAGGACAGCAUCAGGGUCUCUGUGGAGGAAGGAAAGGACACGAAGCUUCAAGUUUCUGAUCAGGUGCAAUUCAAUGACGUGAAUUCUAUCUCACGGUACCUUGCACGUGUAGCUCCCAGUCUGGGUCUGUAUGGCUCCAACAUGAUGGAACAGACUGAGGUGGACCACUGGCUGGAGUUCAGUGCCAGACAACUCAAUGGGCGGUCUGGUUUGAAUCCUGCUUUGAAAGAGCUGGAUGCUGCACUUGCAUUACGAACCUUUCUAGUAGGCCAUUCCCUGACCCUGGCUGACAUCUGUGUGUGGGCUGCUCUCAAAGGAAGUGGGGAGUGGCAGGCAGUGCAAGCUAAGCCAGGUUCGUUCCCUCAUGUGUGCCGCUGGUUCUCUUUUCUGAGCUCUCAGGUGCCCUUCAGCAAUGUGGGUGCCAAGUGGGCCGGCAAGAUCACUGCCAACCAUGCAGCUCCAGUGGAAAAAGAGAAGAAGCAGGAUCUGGGCAAGUUUGUGGACCUGCCUGGUGCUGAGGUUGGCAAAGUUGUGGUACGUUUUCCUCCAGAGGCCAGCGGGUACCUGCACAUUGGCCAUGCCAAGGCAGCGCUUCUCAACCAGCACUACCAGGUCACCUUUAAGGGCAAGCUGAUCAUGCGCUUUGAUGACACGAAUCCUGAGAAGGAGAAGGAGGACUUUGAGAAGGUGAUUCUCGAGGAUGUGGCCAUGCUGCAAAUCAAGCCAGACCAGUUUACCUACACCAGCGACCACUUUCCCACCAUCCAAAAGAUGGCCGAGCAGAUGCUGCAGGAGGGUAAGGCUUACGUUGACGACACACCCCCUGAUGCCAUGAAGCAGGAGAGAGAGCAGAGGAUUGCAUCACAACACCGAAACAACUCUGUUGAGAAGAACAUGCAGAUGUGGAAGGAAAUGAAGGCAGGAACAGAGUAUGGUCAGACGUGUUGCAUGAGAGCCAAAAUUGACAUGAACUCUAAUAAUGGCUGCAUGCGUGAUCCCACACUGUAUCGCUGCAAGAAUGCCCCCCACCCCCGCACCGGCAGCACAUACAAUAUUUACCCCACAUACGACUUUGCCUGUCCCAUCGUAGACAGCAUCGAGGGUGUGACUCACGCUCUCCGCACAACCGAGUAUCACGACAGAGAUGAGCAGUUCUAUUGGAUUAUAAAUGCUCUGGGACUGCGGAAGCCCUACAUCUGGGAGUAUGCUCGGCUCAAUCUCAACAACACUCUGCUUUCCAAGAGAAAGCUCACGUGGUUCGUAAAUGAAGGCUACGUAGAUGGCUGGGAUGACCCACGGUUCCCCACUGUCAGAGGAGUCCUGCGCAGGGGAAUGACCGUUGAAGGGCUCAAACAGUUUAUUGCUGCUCAGGGAGGUUCCAGGUCUGUGGUCAACAUGGAGUGGGAUAAGAUCUGGUCAUUUAACAAAAAGGUGAUUGACCCAGUGGCGCCCAGGUUCACUGCCUUGCUAAGCUCACAGGUUGUUCCCAUCUUGAUUUCUGAAGCCAAAGAGGAAAUGAAGGAGGUUGCCAAACACCCUAAGAAUGCUGAUGUGGGCAUGAAGCAGAUUUGGUAUGGCUCAAAGGUGUUUGUCGAGGGAGCUGAUGCUGAGACGUUUACUGAGGGAGAGACUGUCACCUUCAUCAACUGGGGAAACAUCAUCAUCACUAAAAUUCACAAAAACAGCAAUGGUGCCAUCUCUUCUCUGGAAGGUCGUUUAAACCUGGAGAACACAGACUACAAAAAAACCACUAAAAUCACCUGGCUGACUGACACCUCUAAAGCCCCCCUCACCCCAACUGUGUGUGUCAACUACCAUCACCUUAUCACUAAACCUGUGCUGGCCAAGGAUGAUAACUUCAAGGACUACAUUAACAAAAACAGCAAGAUAGAAGAGAUGAUGCUGGGAGACCCAUGUCUGAAGGACUUAAAGAAGGGUGAUAUCAUUCAGCUACAGAGGAGGGGCUUCUACAUCUGUGACCAGCCCUAUGAACCAAUCAGUCCUCACAGCUGUAAGGAAAGUCCAUGUGUCCUGUUUUACAUCCCAGAUGGCCACACCAAGGAGAUGCCCACUUCUGGCUCAAAGGAUAAAAGCAAGAGCCAGCCAAGUGAACAGCCUGUAAAAGCUGAGCCUGCAGCUUCUGUAGCAGCCCCUGCAUCCAAAAGCCUGAGCACCUCUUCAUCGUGCCCUUAUACACAAGUUGCUGAGCAAGGGGGGGUAGUGCAGAAACUAAAGGCAGAGAAAGCACCCAAGGAACAAAUAGAUGCAGCUGUCAAAGAACUCCUGGCUCUAAAAUCUGAGUUUAAGCAGCUCACAGGUCAGGAGUAUAAACCAGGCAUGGUUCCUCCUCCUGCUGUUCACACACAGUCAGCCCCCUCAUCGACCCCUUCAGCUGCCGACAUCUACGCAUUAGUGUCACAGCAGGGAGAGGUGGUUAGAAAACUGAAGGCAGAGAAAGCACCAAAGGAUCAAACUGAUAAUGCUGUGAAACAGCUGCUGACUCUGAAGCAAGAAUAUAAGCAGGUGACAGGUCAGGAGUAUAAACAAGUUUUACCUGCUUCCACUACACCUGCUCCCGCCGCAACCAACUCUUCCGACAAGAAUGACAUGGACAUUUACAAGCGAGUGACACAGCAAGGUGAUGUUGUGAGGAAGCUGAAAACAGAGAAAGCUCCAAAGGAACAAAUAGAUGCAGCUGUCAAAGAACUCCUGGCUCUAAAAUCUGAGCUUAAGCAGCUCACAGGUCAGGAGUUUAAACCAGGCAUGGUUCCUCCCGCUGCUUCUAACACACAUUCAGCCCCCUCAUCAACUCCUUCAGCUGCUGACAUCUACGCAUCAGUGUCACAGCAGGGAGAGGUGGUUAGAAAACUGAAGGCAGAGAAAGCACCACAGGAUCAAGUGGAUGCUGCUGUGAAACAACUCCUGGAUCUAAAGGCUGAGUAUAAAAAGCAAACUGGUCAAGAUUAUAAACCAGGUGUUGCUCCCAGUGCUGCUCCUGCACCUCAGCAUGCCAGCCAUGCUCCCCCUCAGUCAAGCUCGUCUCCACAGGCUAAGGCACUCUAUGCUCAGGUUGCUCAGCAAGCAGAACAAGUGAGGAAGUUUAAAGCAGAGAAUGCUCCGAAGGAGCAGGUGGACAUGGCAGUGAAGACCCUGCUGGAGCUUAAGGGCCAGUACAAAGCUCUCACUGGAGAGGAGUACAAGCCAGUAAGUGCCACAGGAGCUCCCGGGAACACUGGAUCAGAGAAUAAGAACCGCAAAGAACAUGAGAACGCAUCUGAGAAACGAGGAGGAGGAGGCAAAAAGUCACAGAAAGGAGUGGAGAAGUCUCAACAGGGUCAGGACAGUGGGCUCGGAGGAGCGGGAGAGGGCCAAGGACCAAAAAAACAAACACGGUUAGGACUGGAGGCACAGAAGGAGGAAAAUCUGGCAGACUGGUACUCGCAGGUGAUCACCAAGUCAGAGAUGAUUGAGUAUUAUGAUGUAAGUGGCUGUUACGUGCUCAGACCUUGGGCCUUCGCUAUCUGGGAGAGUAUCAAAGACUUUUUUGACCGGGAGAUCAAGAAGCUGGGAGUGGAGAACUGCUACUUCCCCAUGUUUGUAUCUCAGGCUGCUUUGGAGAAGGAAAAGACCCACAUCGCUGAUUUUGCUCCUGAGGUUGCGUGGGUAACUAGAUCAGGAAAAACUGAGCUAGCUGAGCCCGUUGCUGUGCGUCCUACUAGUGAGACAGUAAUGUACCCUGCCUAUGCUAAGUGGGUUCAGUCGCACAGAGAUCUGCCAAUAAAACUCAACCAGUGGUGCAACGUUGUGCGCUGGGAGUUCAAACACCCUCAGCCCUUCCUUAGGACCAGAGAGUUUCUCUGGCAAGAGGGACACACUGCCUUUGCCACCAGGGAGGAAGCCACAGAGGAGGUACUUCAGAUUCUGGACCUGUAUGCACGUGUGUACGAGGAGCUUAUGGCCAUCCCUGUGGUAAAAGGUAAAAAAACAGAGAAGGAGAAGUUUGCAGGAGGGGACUACACCACAACAGUCGAGGCCUUCAUCUCAGCCAGUGGUAGAGCUAUUCAGGGUGCCACGUCGCACCACUUAGGCCAGAACUUCUCCAGGAUGUUUGAGAUCAUGUUUGAAGAUCCUAAGAUGCCUGGUGAGAAACAACUGGCUUAUCAGAACUCAUGGGGCAUCACCACACGUACCAUCGGAGUACUGACCAUGGUACACGGAGACAACAUGGGUCUAGUGCUGCCACCCAGAGUCGCCUGUCUGCAGGUGAUCGUCAUUCCUUGCGGUAUUACAGCAUCUCUGUCUGAUGCUGACAAGGAGUUGCUGUUGGCUCAGUGUACAAACUAUCUCUCCAGGCUGCAAAAGACUGAAGUCAGGGUGAAAUCUGACCUUCGAGAUAACUACUCACCCGGCUGGAAGUUCAACCACUGGGAGCUGAAGGGUGUGCCAAUUCGCCUGGAGGUUGGGCCUAAGGAUCUAAAGCAGGGCCAGUGUGUAGCAGUGAGAAGAGACACAGGAGAAAAGAUCAUCAUUCCAGAUGGUGAAGUCGAGAAGAGAAUAAAACUUCUGCUUGAGGAGAUCCAGGACAACCUCUUUAAACGGGCUUCUACUGAUCUGAAAACUCACAUGGUGGCAGUAGACACGAUGGAGCAGUUCCAGAAAGAGCUGGACCAGGGAAAGAUUGUGCAGAUCCCCUUCUGUGGUGGCAUUGAGUGCGAGGAAUGGAUAAAGAAGACAACAGCCAAGGAUCAGGACCUAGAGCCAGGUGCACCAUCUAUGGGAGCCAAGAGCCUGUGCAUCCCCUUCCAGCCCUUGAAGAACCUCCAGCCUGGCCAGAUGUGCGUCAGUGGCAAAGAGCCAGCUCAGUUCUACACCUUAUUCGGCCGCAGCUACUGAGCAUGAAGGGCAUCGUUUAAACUAGUACAAGCUAAAUUAGAGUCUAAUGCAUCUUAAAAUUGUUAAUGCGCUAAUGGGAACAGCAGACACCUAUAAUUUCUCACACCAUUAUCAUCCAUCCAUGAGCACACUGCAGUCCUCUGAUGUUCAUCUGUUCUUCUGUCUGGUUAUUCUCAGGACUAAUGCACAUACAUGUACACAUUUACUGUUGCAUUGUGGGACAUCAAGGCAUAGGGCCUUGGUUUGUAUCUGUUGCAGUGUUUUAAGUUCUGCUAAAAAUUUUAACCAUGUACAUCUGUCAUAAGUAGUUGUCAUAACAUUUAUCAUUCAGGUCAAACUCAUUCUGACUCAGUCUUGUCUAUAAUAAAGGGAUUCUAACUUUCUA